AUGAAGAAAUCGCUCCGUUUCUUCAAACUUCCAAUCCCGGGGAAUCAUCUGAUCCAUCACAGACUACGACCUCCAACAUCCGCCACAGUGCAGACCGAUCAACAGAUCCAUCUGACCCCAAAGGAUCUUCCGCAAUCCACGAAGAGACGUCCUUGUCCUGUUCGGUGUGCGGGAAAUCCUUCGCCGAAAAGAGAAACCUCUUUGCGCAUCGGAGAAUUCACCAGAUCGAGCGUCUUUUUCCAAUGUUCCGUGUGCGGGAAAAGUUACGUGCGGAAAGAAAAACUGGUCAUACAUCAGAGAACUCACACCGGCGAACGACCUUACUCGUGUUCAGUGUGCGGGAAGUGUUUCGCUGAGAAGGGGACGCUUCACAGACACCAGAAAUCCCACACGGGCGAGCGUCCCUAUUCUUGCCCUGAGUGCGGGAAAGGGUUCAUCAGCAAAGAAGACCUUCUAAAGCACCAGAGAAUUCACACUGAUGAGCGCCCUUAUCCUUGCUUGGAGUGUGGGAAGUGUUUUAAAGAAAAAAGAACGCUUGUUAUACACCAGAGAAUUCACACGGGUGAGCGUCCUUAUUCAUGUUCUGAGUGCGGGAAAUGUUUUGCUGAGAAAAGAGUGCUUCUUAUCCAUCAGCGAAGUCACACAGGCGAGCGUCCCUUUUCAUGUUCAGAGUGCGGGAAAUGCUUUACUGAGAAAAGAAACCUUCUUACGCAUCAGAUAAUUCACACGCGUGAGCGUCCGUAUUCAUGCUCAGAGUGCGGGAAAGGUUUCAAUCAGAAACAAAGCCUUCUCACGCACCAGAAAAUUCACACGAGCGAUCGCCCUUUCUCCUGUUCAGAGUGCGGGAAAUGUUUUGUUCAGAAAGGAAACCUUCUUUCGCACCAGAGAAUACACACGGGCGAGCGGCCCUUCUCGUGUUCAGAGUGCGGGAAGUGUUUUGUCCAGAAAGAAAAACUUGUUAUACACCAGAGAAUUCACACUGGCGAGCGUCCCUUUUUAUGUUCCGAGUGCGGAAAAGGCUUUGCCGAAAAAAGAACGCUUCAAAGACACCAGAGAUCUCACACAGGGGAGAGGCCCUAUCCAUGCGGCGAGUGUGGGAAACGUUUCAUUCAGAAAGAAGACCUUAUUAAACACCAGAGAAUUCACACAGGGGAACGUCCCUAUUCGUGUUCCGAGUGCGGGAAAGGUUUUGUCCAGAAAGGAAACCUUCUUUCACACCAGAGAAUUCACACAGGCGAGCGUCCUUUCUCGUGUUCGGUGUGCGGGAAAUGUUUCAGUCAUAAAGUAAGCCUUCUUCGACACCAAAGAAUUCACACAGGCGAGCGCCCGUAUCCAUGUUCAGAGUGCGGGAAAUCUUUCACCGACAAAGGAAACCUUCUUAAACACCAGAGGAUUCACACGGGGGAGCGUCCUUAUGCAUGUUCAGAGUGCGGGAAAGGCUUUAUUUACAGGGGAAAACUUCUCAUACACCAGAGAAUCCACACAGGUGAGCGUCCUUUUUCAUGUUCAGAGUGCGGGAAGUGUUUCUCUGAGAAAGGGAAACUUCAUUUACACCAGAGAAGUCACACGGGGGAGCGUCCCUAUUCCUGUUCGGAGUGCGGGAAAAGUUUUAACCAGAAAGGAAACCUCCUUAAACACCAAAGGAUUCACACAGGCGAGCGUCCUUAUUCCUGUUCAGAGUGCGGGAAAUGUUUCAUUCAGAAAGGAAACCUUCUUAAACAUCAGAAACGUCACACGGGUGAGCGUCCUUUUUCGUGUAAAGAGUGCGGCAAAUGUUUCACUAAGAAAACCGCAUUUGUUACACACCAGAGCACCCACACAGGCGAGCGUCCCUAUUCAUGUUCGGUGUGCGGGAAAUGUUUUCUUAUGCAAAAUGCACUUGAUAGACACAGCAAGAUUCACACAGGUGAGGGUCCGUAUUCAUGUUCGGAGUGUGGAAAAUGUUUCAUUCAAAAGGCAAACCUUCUUAAACACGAGAGAUGUCACACAGGUGAGAAUCUCUUUUCAUGCUCCGAGUGCGGAAAAAGUUUCGCCGACAAAGGAAAGCUUAAUUUACACCAAAAAAGCCAUACAGGCGAGCGUCCCUUUUCAUGUUCAGAGUGCGGGAAAAGUUUCAUUCAGAAAGGAAACCUUCUUAAGCACCAGAGAUGUCACACGGGCGAGCGUCCCUAUUCCUGUUCAGUCUGCGGGAAAUCCUUUAUUGAGAAAAAUGCUCUUGUUAUACACCAGAGAAUACACACGGGUGAGCGUCCAUAUUCAUGUUCAGAGUGCGGGAAAUGUUUUAUUCAGAGAGGAAACCUUUUUAAGCACCAGAGGUCUCACACAGGUGAGCGUCCCUAUUCAUGUUCAGAGUGCGGGAAAUGUUUUACUGAGAAGAAUGCACUUCUUGUACAUCAGAGAAUACACACGGGUGAGCGUCCCUAUUCAUGUUCAGAGUGUGGGAAAAGUUUCACUAAGAAAACAGCAUUUCUUGUACACCAGAGCAGACACUCCGGUGAGCGUCUCUGUUCAUGUUCUGAAUGCGGAAAAUGUUUCUUUCAUAAAGGAGACCUUCGUAAGCACCAGAAAAUUCACUCGGGCGAGCGUCCCUUUUCAUGUUCAGAGUGUGGGAAAUGUUUCAACCAAAAGGGAAACCUUCUCAGACAUCAGAGAAUUCACACAGGUGAGCGUCCUUAUUCUUGUUCAGAGUGUGGGAAACGUUUCAUUCAGAAAAGAGAUCUUUUUAGACAUCAGAGAUUUCACACCGGUGAGCGUCCUUUUUCUUGUUCAGAGUGCGGGAAAUGUUUUAUCAUGAAAGAAAACCUUCGUAAACACAAGAGAAUUCACACCUGUGAACGUCCUUUCGCGUGUUCAGAGUGCGGGAAAUGUUUCAUUAUGAAAGGAUACCUUCUCAAACACCAGAGAAUUCACACUGGUGAGCGUCCUUUCUCAUGUACGGAGUGCGGGAAAUCUUUCACUAUGAAAGGAGACCUUUAUAAACACCUUAUCAUUCACACUGGCGAGCGUCCUUUCUCAUGUUCGGAGUGCAAAAAAUGUUUCUAUCGCAAGGCAAACUUCAAAAAGCACCAGAGGAUUCACAAGGGUGAUCGUCCCUACAAAUGUUCAGAGUGCGGCAAAUGUUUCACUCAGAAAGAAACACUGGUUACGCACCAGAAAAUUCAUACGGGUGAGCGUCCCUUUUCUUGCUUAGACUGUGGGAAAUGUUUCAUUUCUAAUACAGUCCUUCUUAAUCACCAAAAAAGUCACACGGGUGAGCGUCCUUAUUCGUGUUCAGAGUGUGGGAAAUGUUUCACCAAGAAAGCAGGUCUUAUUAAACACCAAAAAAUCCACACAGGAGAGCGUCCAUUUUCGUGUUUAGAUUGUGGUAAGGCUUUUAUCCAGAAGUCAGAUCUCUUUAUACACCAGAGAAGUCACACGGGUGAGCGCCCCUAUUCUUGUUCAGUGUGCGGGAAAUCUUUUACUUUGAAAGGAAGCCUUCUUAAACAUCAGAGAAAACACACGGGUGAGUGUCCUUAUUCAUGUUCAGAGUGUGGGAAGGCUUUUGUUGACAAAAGAUACCUUCAAAAUCACCAGAAAAGUCACACAGGAGAGCGUGCCUAUUCAUGUUCAGUGUGUGGGAAAAGUUUCAUUGAGAAAAGAAACCUCCUUCAUCACCAGAGAAUUCACACAGGCGAGCUUUCUAGUCAUGUUCAGAGUGCGGGAAAUGUUUCAAGGACACAAGAAGGCUUGUUAAUCCCCACAGAAAUCACACAGGUGUGCGUCCUUAUUCAUGUUCAGAAUGUGGGAAAUGUUUCAUUCUGA